CUUCCUUCUUUUUCAAAACAAUCAAGAUGGCGGCGCACACGAGAUGGGCUAUGUGCCACUGGCUACGGACGGCGAAAAAUUCAACUUUUAUCCGAUUUCCACAGAACACUGGUAUUUCAUACCACACCCAGAUUCACAGGAGAGUCCUUUCCGAACCCCCGACCAAAACCACACACGUCCCAAUACGACAGGUAUCCAUCCAGACGGAAGACACCCCAAACCCAAGAAGCUUGAAGUUUCUCCCUGAUAAGCCGGUUUUAGGACACGGAACGCUGGAUUUCCCCUCGCAGAGCUCAACGGAGUGUUCAUCUUUAGCCAGGGACCUCUUCGAAAUCGAAGGAGUCAAAAGCGUCUUCUUUGGGCCGGACUUCAUCACCGUCACAAAAAUAGACGAAGACUUGGAGUGGACGGACAUCAAGCGCAAUGCCCUGGAGGCCAUGGCCAAAUUCUUUGAGAGUGGCGACCCCAUCACGACAGGGGAAGUGCACGCAGAAAGUAGUGUCUCUGAGGAUGACGACGAAGUGGUCUUGAUGAUUAAGGAGCUUCUGGACACCAGAAUCAGGCCAACGGUGCAGGAGGACGGCGGCGACGUGGUCUUCAAGGGCUUCGUGGACGGCACGGUGCAGCUGAAGUUGGUGGGCUCCUGCACGGGAUGCCCCAGCUCCACGGUGACCCUGAAGAACGGCAUUCAGAACAUGAUGCAGUUCUACAUUCCCGAAGUUAAGGCGGUGGAACAGGUGGAAGAUGAAGCGGACGAAGUCAGCGCGAAGGUUUUCUCAGAGCUAGAAAGCAAAUUACAGGAGUAAUUGUGAAGUUUAUUGAUCGGUGUGCUACGUGAUCAUCUUUCUCCACGCUUCACAAAGAAGAAAAAGGAGAGAAAUUCAGAGGCAUCGUUUUGCUUUGUGUGUACCUGUGCCUGCUACUUACAGUUAACACUUUUCAUCACGGAAAUGUCAUCACGUCAAGCUAAGGAUGCUAAUGCGCUAUGAAAAUUCCCAUUUUUCACUAUGGAGUUACACACACCCUCCCCAAAAAAAUGUCAGUUUUAAAGCGGCGCCUGCGAGGCUGCAAAUGUUAUUUAUUUUCACUGUAAGAAUACUGUAUUUUAUGUAAAGGUUUUGCACUUUGGCGUCACGCCGAUUUCAUAAUGGAACAGAUGAUCUGUUGGGAAAUUAGCACACGUAGGGAGCAUACGCACUGAAAAAAAAAUAUUUACAAUUAACUGUAUUGUAAUAAUUUCUCAAGCCCACUUCAUCGCAAUAAAUAUGACGAAAGCAAAACUAAACAAAAGACUGCUCCCCCUCCCCCCACAUGCACCCCCCCUUUUUUCCCCUCAUU